AUGGCGAACACCACAUCCCACAUAGUCUUUGAGUUCAGCUGUUUUGUGGAGCUGGGCGGGCUGCGUCCUCUGCUCUUCCUGCCCUUCUCUCUGUUCUACUUCCUGUCCCUGGGGGCUAACUUCCUGCUGGUGCUAGUGGUCGCCCGGCAGCGGACUCUCCACUCCCCCAUGUACCUUCUGAUCGCUGGUAUGGCAUGUGUGGAUGGGGCCCUGCCUCUCCUGGUCAUGUCUCCGUUCCUGGUGGGUUUCCUCAGCGGCUGGAACCAGGUGUCUCUGAGCUCCUGUCUGCUGCAGAUGUUCGUGGUCCACCUCUUGGGAGCCUUCCAGUCCACCAUCCUGCUGUGGAUGGCCCUGGACCGCUGCCUGGCUGUGAUGUGCCCUCUGCGCUACAGCACCAGUCUGUCUGUGAAGGUGUUGAUGGUGGUGGGAGCUCCUCUGGUGCUGAGGAACGUGUCUCUGAUCUCGGUGCUGGUUCUGCUGCUGAGCCAGAGAACCUUCUGUGGCUCCGUGGUCCUGAACUGCUUCUGCGAGCACAUGGCGGUGGUGAAGCUGGUGUGUGGGGACUCGGCUCUGCACUCGGUGGUGGGGCUUCUCACCAUUGGCCUGAUCCCGGUCCUGGACUUCAUCCUCAUUUCUGCAUCAUACGUGGUUGUCAUGGUGACGGCUCUGAGCGGCCGCAGCGUUGCCAAGGCGGCGAACACCAUGGUGACGCACGUGAUCGUCAUGUCAGUCUCUCUGACUGUGUUGCUGGUCGUCUUUAUCUCGCACCGCGUCGACAACCACCUGCCUCGGGCGGCACGUCUGCUCGGCAGCACCCUAUACCUGUUCGUCCCCAGCACCACCAACUCCCUGACCUUUGGCCUCCGCACCAAAGAGAUUCGCCGACACCUGCAGCAUCUGCUCACACUCCACAAACACUCAGCGGUGCAUUGA